AUGGGCUGGCACAUGAUUUGGAAAGCACACCCUCUGCAGCAUACGGAUACGGUGCCGGUGGCACCAUCCAGCAGCAGCAUCCCAAGCAGUUACCGGGAUACGGUGCCGGUGGCACCAUCCAGCAGCAGCAUCCCAAGCAGUUACCGGGAUACGGUGCCGGUACCACCAUCCAGCAGCAGCAGCAUCCCAAGCAGUUACCGGAAUUCUACCAUGGCACAUGUUGUCCAAAACAGCUCACCAACAAAAUCCGUGCAUAUUCUCGCUGCCAUAUAAUGCCCACAGAGAGCAACCUUUUACGCAAAACCAUAAUACGGAUUGUGUCCAGUAGGCCUACAUUGAUUGUAAUUUGAAAUCCACCGGGGUUGCAGAUGAUUCCGAGUGCGCAGAACAUUGCUCCUCUCUGCCGGACCUCUUUCCCUGGAUGAAACUACAAGGUAUAUCUGUAAAUGUAUUUUAUGAUGUGAGAAAAGUUCUUGCUUCGCCUGAUUUAUAGUUAAUUUUUAUUGUUAGGAAUAAUACGACCACAAACUGUGUGUGUGUGUGUGUUCACUAACGGCUAUAGUUUGGGGUAGCCUUUGGUAUUAAGUAAAUGUUUUGUCUAAAAUGGUUAAUCUCUCAACAGAUACGGGACAGACGUACAGUAGCUACCAGACUCUGGAAUAUGAGGAGUUUCUAUUCAACCUUACUUAACCCGCAAGCGCAAGGUUGAAGUGUCGCACGAUCUGGUGCUCACGAACCAGCAGAUUAAAAUCGGGUUUCAAAACAGACUUAUAAAAUGGAAAAUGGAAAAAGGAGAACAAGAAGGACACAUUUCCAGUAAAUAGGCUGGAUCAGAAUGAAAUCGAGAAACAAGCAAAAAAAACUGACAAGAAGAUUCAGACGUCAGAUGAGGAGGGUAAAGGAUAAGACUGGAUCUAGACUUGGUCAUGAGAGGCCACAACAGUGAAAUGUAUUGUGUUUGUUGAUAAUUCAUUGUCAAAUUGAACUUGAAAAGACGUGCACAACUAAUUUUAACGCACAAUUUUAACGCAUCAUUCUAAUUCGAGGUUUGAGCAAAAGGUUGAAGGUGUGAAUCACCUCUGCAGAAUAGUCUGAACAGGAAUGUAUGUUGUUAAAAUGUAUAAUUUGGUAACUUAGUGCAGUAUGGUCGCACAACUGCCACAUUUUAUGGCACUGAUAAUAAUGAUUAUUCGUUAGAUGGAACUGAAUCCUAAUUUGAGAUGUGCAUAAACAACUUUGCGCAAAUCGAGUCCCUGUCAUUUUAAUUGGCAGUUUUUUGUCUGCGUUUGUGUUGUGUCAAGAGCCGUUGUCUUGUCAGGCUUUGGCUGUGAAGGCUAUACUGGAUGUCAAUAAAAUGUCACCUUUUAAAAUGGAAGCUUCACUUUAUUGUGAAACAUAGUAGGCCUACCUAAAAGUGUAGUUUGGGGGAUCUUUGGCAUAUGGUAUUCCCUCAGGAGUUGGUUCCAUAGCGGAGAGGAAAAGUUUACAACCAAGAUAACAUAUUGCAGGUCUGUAUCCGGUUUCCUCAGUGUUAGUCUAUACAGUUUGGCACUAUCAUCACAAAUUCAAAAGAUCUAAAGGCAUUAUAGAAAAUGUUAUUUUUAAAAGAGGAUGUCGGGUAACUGAUGAAUUCAUGCUAAUUCAGCAAUUUUAUAUGAAUUGGGCCUAGUGUAAAAAAAAGUGUCUACUGAAGGUUAAUGUAAAAAAGUCCAAGUGUGGAUUAUUUAGGGAGUUAAUGCCAGGAAAGAGGGACACACACACAAUUUCAAUUAAUUUGUAUCCACAUUCAUGACUCAACAAAGCCCAAAAGUGUGCAGUUAAAGAAAACUGUAAUGUAUUGAAAUGCUUUAUUUAGUUUAAUUAUUGUUUAUAGGUUGUUAGCAUUUUUUAACUGCAAUAAAAGGGGCAAACGUAGGCCUAGGCUCUACUUGUCACAUGAAUUCGAGGUAGAAUAAUUUCAAACUGCAUUUGACAACAUCCAAUUCAAAAGAUCAAAAGAUAGCCUACAUAAUAUUUAUCAUAUUUAAGGAUUUUAUAGAAAAUAAUUAUAGAAAACGAAUUUUCGUUUAUAGUCGUGGAGGUUAAUUGAGUUAUUUCGAUUAAAAAAAUACUUACCUUUAUGAUAAUUGAAUUGAACUAAAUAACUGCCCGUUUUCUAGAAUAGCCUAUGUUCGGUUUGGGUACCCCGUUUUCGGGAUAUUAGGCCGAAUUCUCUAUGUGCAACCUUUUGCAGAGGGAUUAGGUUGCAUUGGGGGGUUUUAUGGUUUUAUUGCAUCUAUAAAUGUCGGAAAUCCUUUUUGUCAACGAAAUGAAAUUGAACAGGGCACCAUGCAAACAGUACCUUGGGAUCGGUCUAACCAAGAAAUGUUCCAUUCAUUUGAUAUUUAUUUUUCACCUUAUAUGCCUGAUGUUUUCAUACAGGGAUAUCUUUGGUAUAUAUCUAUAUCUUAACACGCAACUAUUUUAUAUGUGAGCAAAAUCAAAAAAUGGGUAGCUCAGUAGGCUAUUGCAACGGGAUAGGCUUUAAUGGAGGGAAAUAUAACACAUUUUGCUUGCAUUUGUUUGAAAAUGUGUGCUAACGCUAUGAAGAUAGGCACACCUAAGGGAUUCAUAAAGGCUACACGGUUGAUUAUGUAGAUAUAUAGUUUAACUAAAUUAAUAACUUAAUAUAGGCUAAUGCAAAUGUAGACUAGGCCUAGCCUACUAUAAUUAGCCGUUUACAUGGGCUCUUAUAAAGGUUUUAUCAAUCCUUUAAGUAAACGUAUAAUAGGCUACUUACCCUAUAAUACAAUGUAAAUAGUUAUCAAACAUGUUUUAGAUAAGCCUAUAUGCUAGUGUGGAACUACAAUUGGUCAAAUGUUUCCAUAUUUUUGUCUAUUGAAUUGAAUUGAUAAGGCAUCAUCAUCAAAUGCUCUAAAUAUGACACCAGCCUGAAAUAUUAUAGGUCUAGCCAUUUCGCUUUAAAGACAAUGUAGCUUCCAAAAAUUGCUUAAGAUGCAUACCCGUCUUUGAAAGAAAAAGAUGGCGAUGAAGAAAAAAAUGCCUUCUAUUGAAAAAUGCAAUAAAUUAGAGUCUGUUUAUGAAAAUUUACAACUUUGUGAUGGAAUUUUACGACUGCCUGGGUUCUGGGAUUGGCUAAGGUUGGUCAUGUGGACUCUGGCCAGGGAACUUUUUCCUCAUGAGGUUAUAUUGCAGCUGUCUGUUUUCUGCCGUUCAUUCAGUAACACCUUCGUUUUCUUGGCUUUUUGUUUUAGCUAUGGUUCAAUUGUGUCAAAGAAAUGUGUUCAGUAACUGCGCAGCUCCACCAACUGAGAGAUGGAGUCAAUGAGGAAUCUCUCAUCCAAUGCUAAUGUCGCCAUCUCUGAAUUGCACCGUCAAAGAAGACUCAAUAUACGCCAGGACAAUGGAAUAUUGAUUUUAUUUUCCACAGAGGGACUCGUUUAGUUAUUGUUAUUUAUCGUAUGCUUUAUACCAAAGGAACAACAAUUGAAUAUCUAAAAAGAACCAAGAUAAUCGCAUCCGGAAUACCCACAUGCGAAAUGAUGGAUUAUCAACAAAGGUAGGUCGUCAAGUCUCAAUAAUUUCCUAUACCACCAUAAUCAUACUAGAGUAGGCCAUGAGAGGUUAAAAUUAGGUUCGAUAUAAAACAGUUACACAUGUAACAUUGGUAACCCUCAAAAUGGCUACAGUGUCUUAAAGUCAAGCAUUGUUUCCAUUUGAAAAACCUGGUUGCUAUACUGAUAAUGUGUUAGUGGCAAGAUGGCAGCCGCAUCUUUGGUGGGUGACGGGUUCAGAUAAAUAGGUAGGCCUAUAUGAUACCUCUUGGAAGCUUUUAGACCGGCAGUCCAAUUCAAAUUCAUUCAUGCCGCGUUCAAAUGCUAGUCGGAACUAGGAAACUCGGAAAUGUCAGACUUGCUUAUUUGUUGAACAUGGCACGUGAAUAACUACAACCAGUUAGCAUGUCGAAAAUGUCCGAGUUUCAUAGUUCCGACUACAGUCUGAACGCGGCAAUACAUCUAUGUCGUCGACGAUGAUGAUCAUCAUCAUCAUCAUCAUCAUCAUCAUCAUCAUAAUCAUAAUCAUCAUCAUCAUCAUCAUCGUCAGCCUCCAUCAAUUCACUGCAUUAAUCCAGCUGUAUGCUGAAUUUUCUUUAUCUCGUCUCAUUUAUUGCUCUUUGACGCCAUCUAGUGGCGAUAAUAGGCCUACAUUUGGUGGCGGUGGCACCUCCAAAAGGCUUCUUUCCCAAAGAGCUCCAUAUUACUUUUGAGUUAAGGAUGUAUUCGUUCUCAAUUACUGCAUUUCCAUGAUUUACCAAGAUCAAUAAAUGCAUUCAGUAACACACACACACUCAAUUGACAUAUUGGCAAAAAUUAUUUAAUUAAACAAAAGCAAAUUGAUAUGCAUUUUGCACAGAAGCUAUUGAAGUUGAAUAACUGUCAUUCUGUAUACAGCAAAGUCGUAGGAUACUAAGCUAAAAUGUUUGAUUAGUUGUUGAAACAUAGGCCUAAUGCUGUUGAAGGAAAAAUUGAAUUAAUAAAGACAAGUCUACACAUAUAGACUAUUAACUUGGCUCAGCAAAGGCCUGCUUUUCUUGACGUUUAAGUUGGUUAUAGAAAUUGAUUUGCAUUAGGCUACUUGUGAUAGAUAAUACGACAUUAUUUUGAAUUAGAAAUUUGGAAAACAAGGAAAAUAUCAUCUAUUGGAAAAAGGAAAGACGUCAUGUUGUAAAGAAAGUGGCUUUGUUUAUUUAUUUUUUAUAUAUUGACCGUUUUAGUCCUUCAAAAAAUAACGAUAAUAGCAUAAUAAUAAUAAUAAUAAUAAUAAUAAUAAUGCAUAUUCAAUUAAAUAAUAUAGGCCUACUGAUAAUAUACUUGGUCUUGAUCCGUUGGAAAAUCAUUUUGCCUCUGUGCAAGCAUCUGUGCGUUGAUUUGUCUUGAUCGUGUUUUACUCUUUAUCCGGAUAGUAUGGGAAUACCUAGAAAGCAUAACGAACACGUUAACUUAUACGUCGAAGGAAUUAUGAAACAUAAAUGUUAUCCAACGGUUUAAAAUAACAGAUGCAUGAAAGUAGAGUUUCAGCUGAAACAAUUUAAUCCCACUGGGCACACAUACACUGGUUGAAUCAACGUUGUUUCCACGUAUAUUCAAUGAGAUUACGUUGAACCAAUGUAGAAUAGAUGUUGAAUUGACGUCUGUGUCCAGCUGGAUAUGCCCACUUUUCAUUGUGCAACUAGCCUACUUCUUAUUAAUCAGUACUUUACAUUUGUGGCUAAUUGAACGUGUGUGUGGGGGGGGGGGGGGGGGGGGGGGGGGGGGGGGGGGGGAUAGAGAGAUGGGAGAAAAAGAGCGGUGCUGCCAGCAUUAUAUUAUUUAUAUAAUUUGUUUGCAACGAAAUUAAGAACGAAAACGAAAUACUUCAAUUUUGAAUGAUCGAGGUUGCUCAUUUGAUAUGUGCAAAGACUGUGCGCGAGAAGCCUGGGCGCUACGUUUCCAGUCACUGGUGACCCCUGUACUCAACAACGGCCCCCCAGGAGGGCAAUAUUGCAACCGCAGACGCUCGCUAUUGGCCAGACGUUGAUCAGAUGGUACAGUUCCCUUCUGCCCUAUUCAGUGCCAUCACGCAAGCCCCCUUCAGCUAGAACCAAAUCUCCGAUAAAGUAAUGGCAAAACCACUUGGACUAUAAAACACUACAAAUCAUAGUCCUCGGAGCAUACCGUUGUCCAUCCAAUGAGUUCCUAUUUUGUCAACUCAACGUUUCCUGUUUCUCUGCCUGGAGGACAGGAGUCUCUCCUGGGUCAGAUACCAUUAUAUUCCUCCGGAAAUACUGACCCGUUAAAACACUUUUCUAACGCUACAUAUGGAGCUGCCAAUAUGCAAGAGAAAGCUUACCCAACCUCAUAUUACCAGCAAACCUCUAGUGUCUACGGUCGCCCCAGCUCUAGCGCUCCCUGCGACUACACAGCUGGAACUUUUUACAAGGACAGUGACGGUUCGUGCGCUUUCGCAAGUCGAGAGGAGCAGCCGCUCUUAGUAACUCAGGAUCAGCGCAAAUCAGAGUGCCUCGAGCAGAAUGUAAACAUAACCACUGCUGUGGACAACGAGUCUUCUUCUCUGCUGUAUCCGUGGAUGCAAAGAAUGAAUUCUUGCACCGCCGGUGAGUGAAACUCUUUUAUUUUUUAAAACUUCUGACCUGUUUACAAUCAGCAUGUUGCCUAUCAAUCAGGUGACUACUGUAACAGCGUUGCCUGUCCACAAGAUGCAUUGAGAUUGUAGUCCAUAAGUAACUAUUGCUUAUGCAAUUUAGACGGAAAAAAAUAAUUCUACAAGACAUUGUGUGAACACACGCAUGAUGAUUUGGAUAUGUAUUGGAUUCAAUAGCCUAGGACGUGAUUGACGUGAAAAAUAUAUUAACAGAUAAACUCGUUUUGUAUAGGAAACGAAAUGUUGUUAAGCUAUGUCAAAAUACAGUCGGCUAUCAUGUGAAUCAAGGUGAUCAUUUUAAUAUGCAUUUUUGAUUCUUAGGAUAUCGACGGUUUUACUAUAGGCUAAUGGAGGCAAAUGUAUUACAUCAAAUAAUAAUAGUAGUCUAUGAUAAUAGUUAUUAAUAGUGAUUAUAACAGUAUAGCCUAUAAAAAGUGAUAAUAGUGUAAAUGUAUCCAACAGUCAUAUUGAUUAUAAUCAAUAUUUUAGCCUGUCUAUACCUUUGUUUCUUACAUAAUGGAUGACUUUUAUUUGCAUUUUUUUUUUUUUUUUUUGCAGGGACCUUUGGCAUCAGUGGGCGCAGGGGCCGUCAGACCUAUACUCGAUACCAGACUCUUGAGCUCGAGAAAGAAUUUCAUUUCAAUAGGUAUUUGACCAGGCGUCGUCGAAUUGAGAUUUCGCAUGCUCUGUGUCUCACUGAACGUCAGAUAAAGAUUUGGUUCCAGAAUCGCAGAAUGAAGUGGAAAAAGGAGAACAAAGUUAUGAAUCCUUCGAAACCCAGCGACGAAGAAGAGGAAAAGAAGCCAGAUUAAAAGACACUGAAUAAAUAAGCUACACAAGCCAUAACUGUUGUAACAUGAAUUGAGAGAAGUUGAAUUAUUGUUGUUGUUUUUCAGAAAAUAGCUGCAUGGGCCUACACAUUUUUGUGAAAUAUGUCAAUAGGCCUAGACUAAUAUAUUUGCACGAUUAAAUAACGUAUAUAGGUUAGAAACAGGUUAAAAACAACUGUAGGCUAGCCUAUUCUUAUUUGAUGGUGUUGUGUUUUUAGUUUUGUGAAUAUUGUUGCUUGACAGUGAAAUAAAUACACUCGCACAUAAUUGCAGGGGCACAAUUUCUUGCAGGGGCGUUGAUGUGCAACAACAGGCCUAGUCAAAAUGACAUGAUAAUUAAAUAGUUUGCUUCAAAAAAUGCCCCUAAUAUCGAUACAAGAGAGAGGCUUUGUAAUAGCCUAUGUGUUGUAUAUCGUUAGUUUUUGGCUUUUACAUCGCUUUGUCCUAUUCAACUGAAUAAUGUUUUGACAAGUUAUUUAUUGUGCACUUGCACACCUGGAUGUCAUGUGCAGUGUAAUACAUGUUUUGUCAUCUUUUAUAAAUACAAAUAAAGCAUUGUUUAUUUGUGUAAAUAUUUCAUAGAAAGUUUGCUUGUUUUAUUGAUGUGCAGGCUAGUUUUAUUAUUAUUUUAUUAUAAUUAUAAUUAUAAUUAUUAUGUCCUGUAAAGAUUGACCUAGUUGAGCAAGCCCAACCUUUAGUCUCUCUCUCUUUUAAUGAUCAAAAUGCUAAUGUAUUACUAUAACAGAUUACUGGGAUACCUGUUGGUAAAAUAGUUUAGCCUACUUUUAUGUCCUUGAAUGUUCUAAUAAAUUUACAAUGAAAAAAGUCUGCAUAGCAUCCUCACUGACAGUUAUCUCCACUGCCAGUAGAUGACGCUGUCUGCCUACAUGGAUAUCAGGUCGCAAUGGGGAGGCACCAUUGCCUUGAGCAUAACGACCAUCAUUUCGUCAUCAUUUGUAACCAUAGAGCAUGAAUUACCUCUUGAAGUCAUCAGUGAGAAUUUACGACUGGUCAACAAAGGCACGUGAUUCCCGAGCGCUCUCCCAUAUUUGGCCGCAUACCUGGCAAAGUUCAGUAGGCUUCAUUGCUAUAAUUCAUGAUUACAUCAUAAAUCGUGAAGCAGAGGAUUAUAGGGACAAAUAUCUACGAAUCGAGUCUUUAAAAACAAGCAAAUGAACUCUUACUUUGUUAACUCGUUUUCAGGGCGCUAUCCGAAUGGGUCCGACUAUCAGUUACUAAAUUAUGGGACUAACGGCGCUGUGAACGGUACGUUCAGGGACCCUGGCACCAUGCACUCCGGGUCUUUCGGCUGCAACUACAAUGGCAUGGACCUAACCGUAAAUCGCACCAACACUGGUAGCCACUUCGGGGCUGUUGGGGAUGAUACCCGUGGUUUCCCGCCCACUGGCCCGGACGCCCGGUACAGACAGCCGACCUGCUCGCUCUCGUCUUCACAUCCCCUGCCUUGCGCCAACCCCGAGUCUUUGGAAAUAAAAAGCCCCUCUCCUCCAUCUGACCAGACCACGACCUCGAGCGGCAAUAAUAAUCUCAACAAAGGCAACAACAGUCAUUUCACAGAGAUAGAGGAUACCGGCGUUGUCUCUGAGUCCGAGGAAGGCGCGCACACAAGCAGCUCCAGCAGCACGGCUGCCCGGGCGCAACAACCACAACAGGAGUCCAACGCAACCUCCACCACGUCAAACGAUUGCCAAACGCCACAAAUAUUCCCUUGGAUGCGAAAACUGCACAUUAACCAUGGUACAUACUUCUACUGUGUUUUGUGGUGGUCUUGCUUUGGAGUGGAUUGCAUGCUCGCUGUUGUGUUUUGCUAUAGUCUAAAUUUGUAGCAUCAUAAAUCUGUCAAGUGUUGCAUGAACUCGGUAAGGUCAGUAAGGAUGGUGUAUGGCACCGGAUGGGGUAGAGUUUUAAUGAUCAUUGCUUUUAUGACGGGGUCCAGUGCGAGAUAAAAAAAUAAUAAUUGGUAACCUAUGAAGGAAAUUUAAAUCGAAAAAAAUAACAAUUCAGAUAAUUACUGUUCGAAUAUUGAAUUUAAAUGGUGGACAAUUGGUGGGUAUUUAUAUUUAUGGCUGGAAGCAAGUUAUAUUUCUGGUUCUGUAGCUACAAUACGUGCAUGGCACGCGCCCGCGUGCAGCCUAUUCCACAAUCUGAAUUGCUUCAUAUCCUUUGUUCUGUUGAAUAAACGUGUUUCCUUUUUUAAUGUUUUCAAUUAUAUUUCCACUAUGUGUUGUCCACUUCUAAUUUGGAUUUUUCAUACAAUUUAGAAAUGGCUGGACCUGAUGGGAAAAGGGCCCGAACAGCGUACACCCGCUACCAGACGCUAGAGCUGGAGAAAGAAUUUCACUUCAAUAGAUACCUAACCCGGAGGAGGAGAAUAGAGAUAGCCCACACUUUGUGCCUCACGGAACGACAAAUAAAAAUCUGGUUCCAGAAUCGAAGGAUGAAAUGGAAGAAGGACAAUAAACUGAAAAGUAUGAGUCUGGUUACAGGAGGUAGCGCGUUCCAUAACUGA